AUGGUUUCUCUCUCCUUUCUGGUGCCUAACUUCAAGGCUGCCUCCCGUUCAAUCACCUUGGCCAUCUUGCUUGGAUUGGUUGAUAGUGCUAUUGCAGCUGUGCAAUGUGAUACGAUCAACUGGGAUACCUGUGGUGAGGCUGCACACCGCCACAAACUACCGACUAGUGUAGGGUCGACAUAUUACGUGGACGGCUUUCAUGGUGGUGUUAUGCAUGCCAAAUUUCAAUCCAUGACACAGUCUGUUUCCGGCAACUCCGAAUACCACGACAUAACGUACAACUUUAAUCUCGGCGAUUAUGAUGGCACCUACUGGGUUAUCCUCCCAUCGCCUUUCGGAGACGCCAACACAUGCUAUGCGGUCUAUAAAAAUUGCGACGUCACCAUCAAGUUCUGGAAUCUGCCAGUUCCAACUUGGUACCAACUGGCAUGA